UUUUUCCAGCAAUUCAACAACAAAUCUGAGACCUGCCUUUUUUUUGUUCUUAAGCUAACACAAAUUCAUUGGAUUUGUGUAUUUGCCAUUGUCAAGAAAAAUCUCACUUUUAAUAAAAUAAACGCAAAAAUAUAUCCCCAUUUUUUAUUCAUUUGUGAAACACCACAAAAUCUUACAAUAAUUCAGAAGGACAUAAAAUGUAAGAUUUCAUUUGCUUGGGCAGAGAUGUUGACUCAUUUAGUUCCAUAUCAUAGGUUAAGCUCUUUUGAAAGACAAAUGUCCAAUGGGUUAGUGUAAUCCUCAAUGGGUUUCAUGUAAUCCCUUUUUGGGCCAAAAAGAGGACCCGAUAACAAAAACCCUGAGGAACAAGAAACAGAAGAUUUUAUUAUUUAUUAUUAGGGUUUAAACGUUAAACAGAAGUUACAGAACACUCUCCUCCUCCUCUCGUUGCAGUCACCAUGGGGCGCUCUGGAGUUCAAGUCAAUAAGGCUCACAAGACUCGUGUCUCCUCUAAGUCUUCUCGCAAUCUCCACAAAACCUCCCUCCAAGAUAGAGGCCGGAUUGGUAAACCGGAGGGUAACCAUGUUAAAGGCGCUAAAGCUGCUCGUCUUCAGCGUGCCAAGAUGGUUAGAGAGCAGAAAAGAGCAGCGGUUUUGAAGGAGAAGAGGGAAUCAGGAGGCUUAUCCAGUGCUCCUCGAGUUAUCGUCUUGUUUCCUCUCUCUGCUUCCGUGGAUUUGAAUUCACUUGGUGAAGAUGUUUUAAAGCUGUUAUCUACUGAUGGUGAUGUCACUUCUUCUUCAACAGUUGCAUCAUCUGAGCAUAAGCUACGAACAACAGUGUUGAAGGCGCCUCAUGGGGAUCUUCUGACAUGCAUGGAAAUGGCCAAGGUUGCUGAUCUGAUCGCUUUUGUUGCAUCUGCAAACGAGGAUAUCUCUAGCUUGAUAGAUUCAUUCGGAAGUCAGUGUCUUUCUGUGCUUAGAUCAAUUGGUCUGCCAAGUACCGCUGUGUUGAUACGUGACUUACCCAGUGAGUUGAAAAAGAAAAAUAAGCUGAAAAAGAUGUGUGCCUCUCGGCUUGCUUCUGAAUUUCCUAAGGAUUGUAAUUUUGAUCCAGCAGACACCACAGAUGAGUUGCAUCAGUUCAUGGGAUUAUUGAAGGCACAAAGGCUUUCUGUACCUCACUGGCGGAAGCAACGACCUUAUGUUAUGGCUCAGAAGGUUGGGAUGCUGGUGGAUGAUACAACCCCAGGAAAGUGCACUCUACUUCUCUCCGGUUACUUGCGUGCUCGUAAACUAUCAGUAAAUCAGCUGGUCCAUGUUACUGGCGUUGGUGAUUUUCAGCUCUCAAAAGUUGAAGUCCUGAAGGACCCAUUUCCAUUAUUAAAUGAAAGGAGAAAACAGAAUUCCAUGGAAUUGGAUGAUUCACAUGAUGAAGAGGUAUUGAGGUCUCUGGUUCCUGAUCCCAUGAAACAAGAGCCUUUAGUAACUGAAAACACUCCAGAUCCAUUAGAAGGGGAACAGACAUGGCCAACUGAGGCAGAGAUGGCUGAGGCUGACAGAAAUCAGAAACAGGGAAAGCCAAAGAAGAGGAGUUUGCCACGAGGGACUUCAGAAUAUCAGGCUGCUUGGAUUAUUGAUGAGAUAGAUGAAGAGGAUUCUGAUAAUGGUGAUUCCUAUGACGAUCGUAUGGUGUUGGAUAGAGGAGAGGAUCACUAUUCCAAUCAAGACCAAGAUUUUGAGGAUGAUAAAGAAACACUGUACGUGCAGGAUAUGGAUAAUGAAACUCAUAAUGACUCGGAGAUGAUGGACGAUGAAACCUUGACAAGAGAACAAUAUGAGGAUCAAAUCAAGAAAAUCAAAGAGGCACAUGCUGAGGAUGAGGAAUUUCCAGAUGAGGUGGAGACUCCCAUUGAUCAGCCUGCAAGAAAACGUUUUGCAAAGUACAGGGGUCUCAAAUCCUUCAGAACCUCCCCGUGGGAUCCAAAUGAGUCUCUACCUCAGGACUAUGCCAGAAUCUUUGCUUUUGAUAACGUCGCUAGGACUCAAAAGCUUGUGCUCAAGCAAGCCCUGAAGAUGGAAGAAGAAGAAGAAGAAAGCAGAGAUGAUUGUGUACCAACUGGGUCAUAUGUACGGCUGCAUAUUAAGGAAGUGCCUCUUGUUGCUGCCUCUAAACUAUCCUCCAUUGUUAGCACGAAACCCAUUAUAGCAUUUGGGCUUUUGCAACAUGAAUCCAAGAUGUCGGUUCUGCGCUUUAGCUUAAAGAAGUAUGAUGGUUACGAAGAUCCUAUUAAAACAAAAGAGGAGCUAAUGUUCCAUGUUGGUUUCCGUCAGUUCGUUGCAAGGCCAGUAUUUUCAACCGACAAUAUCAGUUUAGACAAACAAGUGAUGGAGAGGUUUCUGCAUCCAGGCCGUUUCUCAUUGGCUUCAGUAUACGGCCCAAUAUCCUUCCCAUCCCUUCCUUUGGUUGUUCUGAAGAUUUCUGACGCUGAUGCUCCUGCUUUUGCUGCCUUUGGUUCCUUGAAAAGCAUUGAACCCAGCAAAAUAGUUUUAAAGAAGAUAAUAUUAACUGGGUAUCCUCAGAGAGUAUCAAAAAUGAAAGCAUCAGUAAGAUAUAUGUUCCAUAAACCUGAAGACGUUAGAUGGUUUAAGCCUGUAGAAGUGUGGACAAAAUGUGGACGGGUUGAGUUUGUCUUUCUAGAAUCUUUGCUUAUUCAUGUGGACUUUGCCACAGGGGCAAUGAAAUGCAUAUUCAAUGGAGUGGUUCAGCAACAUGACGUUGUGUGCAUGAACUUAUACAAGCGUGCUUAUCCCAAAUGGCCCGAGCGUAUGUACCCGCAGCUUCUGUGAUUCUAAUUAAUAGAUAUGAAGUUGUUGAUGUUGUCAAGUUUCUUUGAAUUCAAAUUCUUACUUUUGAUAACUUUAUGGACCUGGUUUUGUGAAGUCCUCCGGUUUUGUCAUGUAUGUGUUAAAUAUAAGGAGGCAGUAGAAAAGCUAAGUGACCCAGUUAAAACUUACUUCACAGACAUAACACAGCUUGAAGCUC